AUGGCCGGUGGCUCCGUGCUGAGCACACUGCUUCUUCUGGUCGCUCCGAGACUGUUUCCGGCCCUCACAGAUCCAGACAAGAAGGGACACAUCGACCUUCAUCUCGUUGCUCGAGUAGUGCCGGUCGGCUUGGCCUUUGUGAUGUCGCUCGUGCUGAGCAACACCGCAUACCAGUAUGCUAGCAUACCUUUUCUGCAGAUGAUAAAGCAGAGCAACGUGAUCAUCGUCUUCAUGCUCUCGCUCUUGCUGGGACUGGAGCAGUUCCGUACCCGAAUGGUUGUGGUGCUUUUUGGCGUUAUGAUUGCCACGACGCUCACCAUCCACGGCGAGAUGAACUUCUCGCUGACUGG